UCAAAACGACAGCAUGUUGAACUUGGCAUCAUCAACUUUAUUCCAGCUUCCUUGAUGAUAUCCACAAGCAUAAACCCAUAAUUAUACGAACUUUCAGUUUCCAGUUUUAGCCUCAGUCUGACCAAUUUCGACUUUUUCUGUCUCCUUUUGUCUCUUCCUUAUCUUCUUCACCCCUAUAAGUACCGCUUCUUCCUUCCGUCCGUUAUUGUCUCGGCUUUUCGCUAUUGAAACCAAACCAAGUUUUCUUCUUCUUCUUCUUCAGUUCAUUGUUGCUUCCCGGGGACGUAACUUUUUUACAAUUUUUCCCCCCUGGAUUGUAAGGUCUUUUUAGAACGUUUGAUUAGUGCUUAAUCUGCAGUAUAUUGGAUUGUGGGACGCGAGAUGGUGAUUGAGUCGUGGCUUGGCAGUUCAUGGUGGAAUUCAAGGAAGAGUGCUUCAGAGAGUACUGACAAGGUGGUGCUUGGAAUCUUGGCAUUUGAAGUUGCCAGUUUGAUGUCUAAGGUGGUGAAUUUAUGGCAUUCUUUGGAUGAUAGGGAGAUCUUGAAGUUGAGGGAAGAGAAUGAAAACUCUAUUGGAAUUCAAAGGCUUGUAUCUGAUGAUGAAAAUUACCUUAUGGAUCUUGCACUGAAUGAGGUAAUUGAGAAUUUUGGUAAUCUGGCAACGUCUGUGGCCAGGCUUGGAAAGAAGUGCACUGACCCUGUAUAUCAUCGUUUUGAACAUUUCAUACAUGAUCCAAUUUCAAACAAUUAUGAAUGGUUAGGGUGGGAAUAUCGCUGGAAGAAGAUGGAGAGGAAAGUAAAGAAAAUGGACAGAUUUGUUGCAGUUACAAUGCAGUUGACUCAAGAGUUGGAAGUGCUAGCAGAACUUGAGCAAAGUCUUAGGAGGAAGCAGAGAAAUGCCAAGUUAGAUCGGGUGAAAUUACUGGAGUUUCAACAGAAGGUAAUGUGGCAGCGUCAGGAAGUAAAAAAUCUACGUGAGAUGUCUCCAUGGGUUAGAACUUAUGAUUACAUUGUCCGGCUUCUGUUGAGAUCACUUCUAACAAUACUUGAGAGGAUAAAAAAUGUCUUUGGGACCAACCAAAUGGCAUCCAUUGAUGGGAACAAUGAUUUUAAAGCUAUUAAUACUGACCGUCUUUCACGCAGCCAUUCCUUUCCCACUCUAAUACUGUCUUCAGUACAUCCUUUUGAUUAUAAUAUCUAUGGGUUCUCCUCUGGACCUCUUGACACGUCAUUUUCAAAGUCUGUGCAGAUCACUGGCAAGCAUCGAACCAAUAGCAAGCAUCUACGGUUUCAUCGCAAGUCCACUGCUGUACAUGGCAAGCAACCACAUUUGAAAACCAAAUGGUCAGGUCAUGCUGGAGUUGUACCUUUUAAAGGAUGCAUGUCAGCUGCAAGUAAUUCUCCCAUUUUAGAGAGCUGCAAGCCAAUUGGCAUUGGAUCUAAGAGGUUCGGUGGUGGUUACACCAAAAAUAUUGAAAAAAUAAAUCAUUCAAAGGUGGAUUCAUUGUCUUGCAGCGAUAAAAUUUAUUCUAAGUUAUCCAUUUUCAAUACCAAGCGCUUGUUGAAUGCUCCUACAGCAACACUUGGUGAUGCUGCAUUAUCUCUCCGCUAUGCAAACGUGAUUAUCUUGAUUGAGAAACUAGUUUCAUCUCCUCACUUGAUUGGCCUUGAUGAAAGGGAUGACCUGUACAAUAUGUUACCUACAACUAUGAGAAAUGCUCUGCGCGUUAAACUGAACUCAUAUGCGAAGACUUUGACUUCAUUCAUAUAUGAUGCUUCUCUUGCAGCAGAGUGGAGUCUAGCACUAGUGCGGAUAUUGGAAUGGCUGGCUCCUCUUGCUCACAACAUGAUUAGGUGGCAGUCCGCGCAUAAAUUUGAGGAAAAGCAUGUAGUUUCCAGGUCAAAUGUACUUUUGGUACAGACGCUACACUUUGCAAAUCAAGCAAAAACUGAAGCAGCUAUUACAGAGCUGCUUGUGGGCCUUAAUUAUGUCUGUAGGAUUGAGAGAGCACAUAAUGAAAAAGCUUUGAAGGACUUUGCUGGUAGUAGCUGUACCCAAUAUUUGCUCAAAAGGGAUGACAGAAGAUAACAGUCAACUUCCUGAAGCAUCGCUGAAUGCCUCCAUGAGGUUUCUUUUUAAUAUCCAGAUUAAAGAAGAAAUUCAUCCCAUUGUUAGGUACUACGUUGAGUGUUAUAUCAAGCUCAUUGUAUCUUAGUUGGAGCAAGCUUUUGUUAAUAUACUUAUUCAUUUUCAACUGAUAGAUUCUUUUGUUUAUAUAGUCGAUGAAUUUGGGUUGCUAGCCAAUUCUAAUGAAUAUUACUUAUAGUAACAUGAGCCCGCCUUGGUCUCGUCGGAGUAUUGGCAUCAUUCAAACAUUACAUGCUAAAUAGGAUUCUUAGCAACUUUAUUGCAGUUAGUUAAAUGCUAUGAUUUUGAAUGCCCUGCUACUUCAAAACUGGAGUAACUUUUCUUAAAAAAAAAAAUAAAAAGCUAGGGUGAUAUUGAUGUUAUAGUGUCCAAUUUUUUCCUGAGUGAUGGGGAUCGUUUGUGCUUUGGUUCU